CGCAAGUUGUAAAUAAAUCGAUCGUGCAAAUUUUUAUUAGUGUAAUUGCCGGUAUUCGGAUUGUAAACAAAAACAUGGAUUUUUGUUAGGAUAAUUAAACUUAACGGCGUGUUCAGGAGUGUUCCUGUUCUACAUGCAUAAUUUGUGUCAAUUUCAAAAUUUAAACCUGGAGAGUAAAACUAUAAAAACUGGCAGAAACAACAGCGUUUCACUCGUGUUUCAAAAAUACAAAAAUUAGCAACAGUUUUAAAUUUGACAGUAGAACUGUUUGAAUAAAUAAAACUAAAACGUCUUGCUGGGGAUACGUCUGUUUCAGUUUCAGUUAUAUUAUAGACCACGCAUAUGAAUCUUGCGACAGCUGAAUUCCUCUAAAGAUUUGCAGGGGAUACAUAUGUCCCAGUUUCAGUUCUAUUAUGGAUCUCCCAUAUAAAACUUCCAUCUGCUGAUUUGCUCUAAGCAAAAAUGUUCUUCAAUUUUAUCUCCAUAAUAUCAUUGCUUUGUUUUAUAUUAUUUAUGUAUGGAAUUUUCAUAAACACAAAGAAAGUCGAAGAAAAUCUUUGUCAAAUGACCUACAUGUACGACUAUCCACAAUAUUUGAAAAUUGUGUUACCUGAAAACAAAUAUUUUCCUGCAUACUCCCUGUACUCUUAUCUGGAAGGUCGACAAACACAAAGCGUAAAAUAUAAAGAAUAUCGUGGAGCUCCAGUGCUAUUCAUUCCUGGGAAUGGAGGAUCGUUUAAGCAAGUUCGAUCAUUGGCAUCCGUUGCAAUACAAACAACAGUAAAUAAAAAGCGUGGAAAUCUAAAUUAUUUUACAGUUGAUCUGGAUGAAGAAUUGUCCGGCGUAUAUGGGGGAGUUCUCCGGAAACAAGUGGAAUUCGUCGAAAUAUGCGUGAAGAGAAUCAUUGAGCUAUAUGCAAGACAUUCUGCCAGUCCAACAUCAGUUGUCAUAAUAGGCCAUUCAAUGGGAGGAAAAAUAGCUCAGGCUGUGUCAGUUCGCCCAGGGUUAUCAUCUUUAAUUAAUACAAUCAUAGCGGUUUCGACUCCCAUGGAUUCUCCAGUACUGUCGAUGGAUCAUUACAUUCAUAAAUUCUACUUAACAAUAAAUGAACAGUGGCAAUUCAAUCGGACUAGAACAAAAAAGUUAUUCAAAUUGCAGAAUCGUUUGGAUAUUCAAAAUUCACACUGCAGCUAUUCAUCGUUUCCCAUGAAGCCAUUAGACCACAUCUUACUAAUAACUGUUGGAGGGGGACCGCGCGACACUCUCGUUCAUGAUGCCUUAACAUUUUCUAUAUUUAGCGAUAUUCAUGCUAUGACCUAUAACAUUCCAAAGGUUUGGUUAUCAACGGAUCAUGUAUGCAUUGUGUGGUGUUUACAGUUUGUACUUGUAGUGAACCGAUUUCUGCAAAGUAUUACUCAAACUAAUCUGACAAAAACAAUUUUUAUCAGUGACAAAACCCUCAAAAUGAAAAACGCACAUACAUAUUUUCAGGGAGGAAGUAGAGUUUCUGUGAUGAAUCCACGAUAUGCUUAUAGUAGUGAGGAUGAUUGGACAGAAAAUGAACAAAUAAAUCUACAUCAUGUGUUUGACAAAGAAAUACACCCUCCUCGUAUACAAAUGAUAUCUCUCAGUUCUAAACCGGCUCAUGAAUAUCUGAAAAUUGAUGCAGUAAAUAUAAAUGCAAAACAAUGUAUAUUCGGAUGCCAGGCGACCAAAAUGCUGAAUAAUAUUUCAUAUUGUUCAACCGAAAUUCCUUUGGAAAAUGCUAUGCGCGUAUUACAUUUUGACGACAACAAGCGACAAAUCGUGGAAGUUAAUCUGCCAGAUGUUAAAAAUAAAUAUCCUGAUUGGACACAUCUACUUAUAAAAUCUCCAACCACAACGAAACCCUUGAGUUUUUCUAUAGAUGUUGGCAACUAUAGUAAUCGUACGCGUGAUAUCACAAUUUCGAAAUGGAAUUUCUUCGUUUACAAUAUUUCACAAAGCAAAUUUGAUCUUAACAGCACAUUCUACAUAUUAAACAUAUAUGGUAUUGAUUACAGUUAUCAGGCACUGUCCAUAAACGUUGCUGUUCGUUCAUGUAACUCAAUCAAUCUUCCUCAAAUUACAAUUAUCUCCAUUCCAUGGGCGGAUGAGUUUGUUCGGAUCUACUACAAUAACAGACCCGAGGAAACUAUUAACCGAUAUGUGGUUACUCCGUUCAACAGACCGUUGGGUUGUUCUACGCAAUCUAUACAAGUGGUAUUGCAUAUGAGUCCAGGAUGUGAACAUAUUAUAAGUUAUAAACAGUCUCUUGGUGUGAUGAUUGCCAGAAUUGUUCAGCAAUAUGGAAAUCGGUUGCCAUCUACUUGUCUAGCAAUACUGCUCUCUGCAUUUUUGUGCCGAAAAUCGUCGAUGUGUGAUGAAAAAUUGAUGGGAUGCAGCAAAACACUUUCAGAAUUAAAAGGAACUAGUCCGCUGGUUCUUGUUGCAGCUUCAAGAAUCAUAGCAAAAUUAUUGAAGGAAUUGAAUUUUUUUCUAUAUCCAGAUCAUUACUACACUCCAAUUAUCGUUUUAGUGAUGGUGUAUGGUACAUCUAAAGGCAUAUUGUACACUAUACAUAUAUCGGUACGGUUUUUCAUAGGAUUCAAUAGCAACACAAUUCAUAAAUAUCUUUCACCAAGCAUUCCGAUGAUGGUGGUGAUCCUCUCUUCGACACCAUUUGUUUCAUGGUGUAUUGAUAUAGCAGUUGCAGUAUUUUUAACGUCUUUAGCACUGAAAACAUGCGGAUGUGUCGCUCUCAUAUGUACUAGUUUUGUGUACCUUAUAAAGCUCACUUGGAUGUACGAAGGGUAUUCAAAACGUUAUGCGUCCAAUGCGAUAGCGUCGGAAUACAAUUUAAUCUGGUUGUCCCCUUCAAAAGAAAACUCACCCUACAAGACAGCAGUACCUGAAACACAAAAGAACGGAGAAAAACGAAACAAAAAGACUGAUAAAGUAAACUACAACAGUCAUCCCGAUUUUAAUUUCCAUUUAUCAGUGUUUUUCCUGUUAAUGUUGACAUGCGUAAUUAAUUCUCCUUGUUUUAUAACUUGGGGGAAACGUUUUAGGAAUAUGUCUGGUUUGAAGCCAGAUGCAUCUCUUCUUCCUUCUCUAAUUUUAAUUGGAAGUCUCACCAAAUUAUGGCAAUUUAACGCACCCGUACCUCAAAAUAUCUCUGGAUACAAAUACUUUUCCGAAAUAUCAAAUAUUGCUGCAGUUCUAUGUGUCGUGUAUUGUCAAGAGUCAGUUUUUUUGUUAAAUUUUGUUAUUUCGACAUUUUUUUUAAUUGUAGCUAUUCACCAAAUUAUCGGAACGAAGUUAAAACCUAUCAAAUACGGUACAUGCUAAGGAAUAGUCAUACAUUAUGCAUUAUUACAGACAAAUAAACAAAUAAAAA